CCGGGUCUCAGUAAUUAACGACCCGCUAGUUAUUUUCAUCUUUAAAACGAUACAAAACCUUCCGAAAAAAUCUUACAUCCAAUCUCACACACAACACACAAUCAAUCAAUCAUAUCUGUCCAUUGCUUCCCGGAUAGUAGAGGCCCUCAUUUCCGUCUUUGGAAUUCAGUUGUUCCAUCCCAUUUCUGCAAAUAUAGCUAAGUUUUCUGAGGUUAUGGCAGAGGAGCAACUCAACAAAGUCGAGACGGAGGCUUCCCAUGAAAAGGUUGAAGCUUUAAAAGACGGAUCGGAGGAGAAAACCGUAAUUCCGCAUCCCGCUGAGGAGAAAGCGCUUCUCGUAGUUGAAAAGCCAGAAGCAGCUGAGGAGAAAAACCCAGAAGGCUCUAUAAACAGAGAUGCUGUACUUGCCCGGGUUGCAACAGAAAAGAGAUUUUCUUUGAUUAAAGCAUGGGAAGAAAGCGAGAAGUCGAAAGCUGAAAAUAAGGCCCAAAAGAAAAUAUCUGCAAUUGGAGCUUGGGAGAACAGUAAGAAGGCGAAUUUAGAGGCAGAGCUGAAGAAGAUUGAGGAGCAACUGGAGAAGAAGAAAGCAGAACAGAUAGAGAAGAUGAAGAACAAGGUUGCUCUAAUCCACAAGCAAGCAGAAGAAAAACGUGCAAUCGUUGAAGCCAAACGUGGUGAAGAUCUUCUCAAAGCAGAGGAAAUAGCAGCAAAAUAUCGAGCAACCGGAACAGCUCCAAAGAAAUUGCUUGGCUGUUUUUAAACCAGGAAAAGAAAAGGGACGCUUAUACUAUAUAUGUGUUCUAAUUUGAAUUAUAAGUUAUGCAAUCUUUUGCUGCCCUGUAUGUAUAUUUGGGCAGAUGUCAGGUAAUUUGGUUCAGAAUGCCUUAUUUAUUUGUUUAUUUUAUUAGCUUGUGUUCAUAAGGUGCGUGGUAUUUGUUUGUUUGUAGAUGGGAUUGUGUUUGUGUAUGUUAGCUAUUUAACUGUAUGUAUCUUUAUAAGCUUUUUAUGCGAUGUGGAAUUAUAGUACUCUUCUUCAAAGUAGUAACUAAUGUUUCAUCCUUUAUAGUGGAAUUUUGAUUGCUG